AUGUAAAAUCCUAGUAUCCUGAAUUUGCAAUAAGUGAAAUAGUUUUAAGUUAGAAGACCGUAAAUAACGAAAGGUUCUCCUCUGUUGAAAGGAAACUAAGUGUAGAUUGCAGGUACAAUGCGUGUAAAUGGCAUAGCAAACAUUCGUAAUUAAAGCUUGUUGAGUGAUCAACCCCAGCACUUAAAAAUAAAACAACAAGAAGAAUAAGAACUGUAAUGAUUGAUAAUUAUUGUAAAUAGAGGCAUGCACAACCAAUUCGAGAGAAGAAUAUAAAAGCAAAACUAGUUUGAUAUAAAAUAACAAGUAAUUAGUUUUGUAAUAAUUCGUAGGAUAACAUCUUCUAAUUGAAAUUAAGUAAUGAGCAUCAAUUGAAUUAAUUGAAUAUGCAACUAAUAAAGAAGAAUAAAAUUCUAAGCAAUAGACUUCAAUAAUAAUAUAAAGUAUUUAAAUGAUUGCAAUAAGAUUAAUGAAUCUUAUUUGGAAUAAAUUAAUAAGCUACAGGAAACCAAUCAAGCUUAUGAAUCGCAAAUUCAUUAGUUGGAAGAGAAAAUAAAAAAGUAGAAAUCAAAAAAGAAGCAAUUGAAGGAAUAGAUCGACCAACUCUAAUAAGAAUUGGAUGAGAUGCAAGAGAAGUAUCAGAACAAUUCCAACUAAGAUAUGAAUUAAGAGGUAUGCGUUAAUCUCACCCAAGGAUGAUCAAUAAUAAUAAUAGUAAUAGAAUCACAUACCUCUUACAAGACAGCAACUCUAUUAGUUAAUGCAAUAUUUAUACCAAGGAGAUUAGUAAUAGUUAGAGAACUUCCACGAAUACUAGGAUUAAGAAAUCGAUCCAGAUGCAAUGACUUAUGAGCAACUCUUGGAAUUGGAAGAAUAGAUUGGGUAGAAAAACUGAUUAAAUUAGUAAUGUGCCCAAGGGAUUAACCAAGUAAUAGAUUAAGCAAUUGCCAAAGCGGACCCUGGAUCAUGAGAGUAUGCCAGAAGACAAGUAAGAAUUACAUAACCAAUCUUAGAUGUUCAGUAUGCUUGUUCGAAUUCAAGGAAGAGGAGAAGGUAAGAGAAUUGCCUUGCAAACACAUAUAUCACUCUAGUUGUAUAAAGAAUUGGUUGCAGAACAAUAAGCAAUGUCCUCUGUGUAAAACUGAAAUCGAAAUCCAAAUAAAUGAUAAUGAAGAGCAAUUGAAUUAGCAGGAUGAACAAGAUUAAGGGGAUGAACCAUAAGUAGAGUAGGAUCAACAGCGGUUUGAAAUAGAAUGAUUC